CGUUCCGGUAGGCGAGGUGGGGGUGGGGACGAUACCCCAUGGAGCCGUUCGCCAUUAUUGCCGUCUCCCUGCUCCUCGGGGCGCUCAUUUACUUCAUCUCGGCGGCGGUGACCGGAUCGCGAAAGAGUUUACCGCAGGAAGGCGGCAUCGUUGAGGAGGACAGUAAAGUCAGUAAUGGAGUGAGUGACAAAAACACAGCAUCAAAGAAGCAGAAAUUACAGCGUCCACGUAAAGAAAAAUUGCAGCAACAUGUGUUUUCCCACCCAUUGUUGGCUACUUCAUUAAAGAGUCACAGUGGGAAUGUCAGCUGCUUGGAUUUCAGUAGCAAUGGAAAGUACUUGGCUUCCUGUGCUGAUGACCGUACAGUGCGAAUUUGGAGUACAAAAGAUUUUCUUGAGCAUGAACAUCGUUGUGUCCGAACUAAUGUUGAGCUUGACCAUGCCACACAUGUGCGCUUCAGCCCUGACUCCAGAGCUUUCAUCACAUGGCUGGCAAAUGAAGAAACAAUCCGUGUUUUUAAAAUGAUCAAAAAGGAUGAUGGUACAUUCACAUUCACUGCUGCACCUGAAGACUUCCCGAAGAAGCACAAAGCUCCAAUUGUGAACAUCGGAAUUGCCGAAACAGGAAAAUUCAUUAUGUCUGCAUCGAAUGACACUACCAUUCUGAUUUGGGACUUGAAAGGAGAGGUUCUGGCUACAAUUAACACUAACCAGAUGAACAAUGCAUAUGCUACAGUGUCUCCUUGUGGAAGGUUUGUGGCAUCAUGUGGCUUUACACCAGAUGUGAAAGUUUGGGAAGUGUGUUUUACUAAAUCGGGCUCAUUCCGGGAGGUGAUGAGGGCCUUUGACCUAAAGGGUCAUUCAGCUGGCAUAUACUCAUUUGCUUUCUCCAAUGACUCCACGAGAAUGGCAACAGUUUCUAAGGAUGGCACCUGGAAGCUCUGGGACACUGAUGUCCAGUACAAACAGCAGCAGGACCCCUAUUUGCUGUACACAAUGAAGUACGAAGUCUCUGAUCCCUGCCGAAUUGCGCUUUCUCCUGAUGCCAGGGUGGUUGCUAUUUCCAGUGGCUUCAACAUUACAGUGCACAAUGCCAAAACGGGCAAACAGGAGGAAGAGAUUUUAAACGUGCAUGGGGAGGAAAUUACUGGCUUGGCAUUUGACGUCAACAGUAGAUUUUUAGUUUCGUGUGGUGAUCGUGCAAUCCGAGUCUUCCACAAUGUGGUGGGUUACCGUGCGGUUAUUGAAGAGAUGGAAGUCAGGCUAAAGAAAGCAACAAAUGAAGCAAUGCGAGAAAGACUACAGCAACAGAUUAGUGAUGCUCAGAAGGCAUUAGAGGCAGUAUGCAUAAGGAAAGAGUAAAACAACAACAAAUCAGCAUUGGUUUUGAAUUUGUCUUUCUGGGCGACCUCUGUAAACUCUGAGGAAUGUUUGAGAUUUCACUUUAACUGUAUACUGUUUGUCCACAAAAUAAACAUGAUAGCCCUUACAGUUAUGGUUCCAGCCAUCACUAAAAGUCAUUUUCAAGUGCAAGUGGACUGAAACUGUUUUGUUUGGAGCAGAAUUUCUGCAAAUGAAGAAAAUACAGAUUUUUGACCAGUACCUGAAGUU